CCACCCACCCAAUAUACAUUUAUGAAAAAGUCGAAAAAAGUCGCUCCUGCCGACGGGGCGUCCGACUCAGGGGAAAAAAGAGGAGCAAACUGGCGGGCGCGGAGGGAGCAGGGUCGGCGGCGCCCCCGACGCAGCGCUUCCUGAAAAUACUUGUUCUUAUGCAUAAAGAUGUCUUUGGUGGACCUGGGGAAGAGGUUGCUAGAAGCAGCAAGAAAAGGACAAGAUGAUGAAGUGAGGACUUUGAUGGCCAAUGGUGCCCCUUUUACUACGGAUUGGGUCAUCACCAACACCAUUCUACUGCAUGCUCCUGCCCUUACUUCCAGUCCUGUAACCUCAUUUUAUGUGGCCUCCACAGACCUUGGAACAUCACCUCUCCACCUCGCAGCCCAGUACGGUCAUUAUUCCACAGCGGAAGUGCUCCUGAGAGCAGGGGUUAGCAGGGAUGCCAGGACUAAGGUAGACAGAACCCCUUUGCAUAUGGCUGCAGCAGAUGGACACGCACAUAUCGUGGAGCUGCUCGUCCGGAAUGGUGCAGAUGUGAAUGCCAAGGACAUGCUGAAAAUGACUGCUUUGCAUUGGGCCACUGAACACCAUCAUCGUGAUGUGGUGGAGCUGCUGAUCAAGUAUGGAGCUGACGUCCAUGCCUUCAGCAAAUUUGAUAAGUCUGCUUUUGACAUAGCUCUGGAAAAGAACAACCCAGAGAUUCUUGUCAUUCUCCAGGAGGCAAUGCAGAACAAGGGGAAUGCCCCCCCGGCGACCAGCACUGUGACAAUGGCUACACCCUUUAUCUUCACAUCUGGAGAAGUCGUCAACCUUGCCAGCCUUGUUUCUUCAGCCAGCACCAAAACCACUACAGGUGACUCCCGUACUUCUACAGUCCAGUUCUCCAAUUCUACCACCUCAGUGCUGGCUACCCUGGCUGCUCUGGCUGAGGCAUCUGCUCCCCUUUCCAACUCCCACCGAGCUGCAGCCAAUUCAGAAGAAAUCAUGGAGGCAAAUUCUGUUGACUCAGCAAUCCAACAAGUGGUGGGGAGUGGAGGCCAAAGGGUCAUCACCAUAGUGACAGAUGGAGUCCCGCUGGGUAACCUCCAGACUGCAAUUCCCACCGGUGGUAUUGGCCACCCGUUCAUUGUGACUGUGCAAGAUGGGCAGCAAGUUCUAACUGUACCUGCUGGUCAGGUUGCAGAGGAGACCAUUAUUGAAGAGGAAGCAGAAGAGGAAGGAGCAGCUGGGGAGCUGCCAGUGGCCAAGAAACAAAGAAGAGAAGAAGUGACAGACGGUGUGGAUGAAGCCAAGGAAGACCCAGAGAGAGAACUGCUACAGCAGCAGCUCCAAGAGGCCAAUCGCAGGGCCCAGGAAUACCGACAUCAGUUGCUGAAGAAAGAACAGGAAGCUGAGCAAUAUCGUCUCAAGCUGGAGGCCAUGUCCCGGCAGCAGCCAGAUGGAACUGAGAUCGCUAUGGUAGAGGAGGUGGCCGAGGUGGAUGCCUUAGUGGUUAGAGAAGAGGUGGAAGGGAGGGGGACAGAAGUUACAGGGUCAGCGGGGACUGCAGAACCGCAUGCUGAUGUUGCCAUGGAAACUGUUGCAUCCUAACAUUCAGGCCUCUACCCUCCAUCCCCCUUUUUUUUCUUCCUUUUAAAAAAACAACAGGAAAAAAAAACCAUAAGAAUAUUAAGAAAUAUCGAGGACAUUUAAAAAAAGAAAAUAACAGUAGGACACAGCCCUGUGGGCUUAGGAGAUUUCUUCAUACAACUGGAAAAUUAAAACAUAAAUUACAGGGAGAUGUCUUCUGGGACCCAAAGAAUGGGGACCAAAUUUCUCAGCUCACAAAAUUUGUUUCAAGCAUAAAGGUUUGGGGAUUUCUGUUUGCUCUUAUAAAUAGAUCCCUAAUUUUAAAUCCCCAGAGUUUUAUAUUUGUUUUGAUAAUGCCCCCUACGCACCCAGGCUCCUUAAUCAUAUUACCAGCACGUGACCUGAAAUUUGCCUUGGACUUACAAUGCAUGCCUGCCUGCCUCCUAGAUGAGAUUUGGAGAAGAAAAGGGAAUACCCUGUAUUCAGAAUAACUUGUUGAUCUCCGCUGCCCUGAUUUGCCUGCACUGAAAACAACUAUUAGGCAGUUGCCUGACAAAACUGGAAGCUGUUUUAUGUCACAGCAGAGGCCCCAGUUUAAGAAAUUAAAGUCUUUGACAGCCAGGAUUGCCAGGACUUAGAGUGGCCCCAGUGAUACUGGAGCCUGGGAAGCCCAGUGGGACUCACCUGUGGGGUGUAAGGGCAGUAGGAGAUGGGAGGCCAUGUGGACAGUCCACGCAGGGCUAUGGAUUCAGGGAACGGCCUUUUUGUACUUGGUAUUCAGCCCAGAACCUUCAGUUUUCUGAGCAUAUUCUUGACCUACCUGUGCCUUUCCCCGGUGUUUAGAUUCACCCUGUCACAGAUGCAAACUAUCAGGGCUGAGAGUGUUUCAUUGUUCUGUGUUCGUCUAUAUUGGGAUGAGUAAAUUUGCCUAAUUAUUUCUCUCCCUUCACAUCUGCCUUCCCCCCAGCACUUAGUAAAGUGGUAUUCUGCCUUCAGUGAAUGUUAACACAUGUUGAGUGACUAAAUCAGAAUUAUCAGUGUUGUAAAAUGAGGGGGAACCAAAGACUUUACCAAGGACUACUUAGAAAACAAAACAAAA